AUGGAAGUAUACAGUGGAAUCACGGUGACGGGUACAUCCGAGUACACGGGCACCGACAACUACACGUAUGCGACCCUGGUGGGGGAGAUGGGGGCGGGUGAGGGCACCCUACUGGACAAACCCGGCCCGGACUGUUGCACCCACCAGGUGGAUUGCUACCAGGUGGUCGGCCACACGCUGCUGGUCAGACUGGAAAAGCAGAGGGACUGGGUGGAAGACAACUGGUUCUGCUGGAACCUCCAACUGGAGAGCAAGUUCACAUUCCCCGGAGGAGAUGUCACGGUGGAGAUACGAGAAGGAGCGCACACCGAGAGCGACGUCAGAUUAUUUUGUUCCCAGCUCCACUUGCCUUUCUUCACCUUUUCAACCAAGCCACAAAACGACGACUCCUCGGCUCUACUGCGAGCCCACAGAAAGAAAGAUCUCGAGGACAGACAGAAGACGUGCAGAUGGCUGACUCGGGCUCGAGGCAUAACGCGAUGCGUCGACGCGCAAACGGAAGGGGAUUUACAGCAAGAUGCCCGCUUUGCCAACGAGAAGAGGCGUGACUGAGUCGUCUCUACAAUUCACGUGAGCGGUCAAGAGUUGUCACUGAAGAAACCUGCCAUCGGUUUUAGGAAAACCUGGCACGACCUGGAAGAUUUCCAACGGAUCUUCUGGAAGUUGCGAAGCCUCAUCUCUAAGUACCGCAUGGCGUACGGGAAGGAAGACUGCUUCUUCGGUUACCACCUGUUGAACGGCUCCAACCCGAGAAUGAUCAGAAUGUGGAAGAGGGGAAUAUCUAUUUUUUUCGAUUAUGCCAUCAUGGAUGGGAUUCCUCGCAACACAAUUAAGGGUCAACCGCAAUACGUUGCGGCGCCCCUUUGCCCCCUCCACCAACAUCCAGACCAAGGGCUCGUGCCUAUUGCCGUUCGGCUGGGGCAGACCCCUGGUUUGGACACGCCCAUUUUCCUGCCCAAAGACCAGGCUCCUGCCUGGCUGCUGGCAAAUAUGUGGGCGCGUCACUCGGAGGUCCAGGUUCUCUCCCACCUGCUCAGGACUCACCUGGUGGUGGAGGUGUUCUGUGCCACACGAAGACAGCUCCCAGCUGCACAUCCUGUUUAUCGAAUUAGACAUUGAAUGAAACAGCAUUUGGGUUAACUGAGAAGAUUUAUUGGUAAUUUGCUCUUUUCUAUUGGUGGCCCCCGCUACACACUGGAGACCAACUGUAGGGGGCGGCGCACGCAGCUCAUCGUCUUUAAACAGGUCGUCUGUACAGGCGGUGAUGGUCUGCUCGUGGCGGUUCAGAAAGAGUACAAAGUUCUCACCUACCGCUCGCUCCGGCGUUACCUAGAUUUCGCUGAUCGAGGAGUCUCUCAGUUGCCAAACUAUUUCUACCAAGAAUACGGUCCGAUGCUGUGGGAUGCCACGCACACCGCGCUCGCGCUCGCUACGCUACGAUAA